CGAAAAGAUCGUUCACUUUGCCUUUUGCUCUCAUGUGUCCGCUGCGCUACAUCCUGCUCCUCGUCUCGAUCCUCAUCGCGUGCAUUGGGCUCUCGCAGGCCGCGCUCGAGUCGGACGACGACUUCUCCUCGAAGAAGAAGAAGAGCGACGAUGAGGACGAAGUGGCCGACCGCAAGUCGACCUUCCAGACCGUCGUCGACAUGCUCACGGGCCGGUACCUCCUCAACGCCUACUAUGGCCGCGCCCUCGCCGCCAACUAAAUGUGGCCUCUAUUUUAUGCCCGACGCUUGGCCGUUGGCGCCCAUUUUUGUAAACUAUUUGUCGCCCACGUGAAGUUAAUUGACCGCGCGAUAUUUUGUCUCUAAGAACUGAUUGCUUAUCGCUGCAUACCGA